AUGGAGGCAGCAAUGGGAGUGGUUUUCUUAUCACAGAUUGUGUGUGGAGUCCUUGGAAAUUUCUUUCUUCUCCAUCAUUAUCUCCUUCUUUACUUUACUGGACACAGGUUAAGGUCCACAGAUUUGAUUCUGCAGCACUUGAUGGUAGCCAAUUCUUUAUUCCUGCUCUCUAGAGGAGUCCCCCAGACAAUGGCAGCUUUUGGCUUGCGAGAUUUCCUCAAUGACUUUGGGUGCAAACUCGUGUUCUAUCUUCAUAGAGUGAGCAGGGGUAUGACCAUCAGCAGAACCUGCCUCUUGAGUGGCUUCCAGGCCAUCACCAUCAGUCCCAGAAACUCCAGGUGGGCGCAGGUUAAGGUAAAAGCCCCCAAGUAUAUUGACUGCUGUGUUUUCUUGUGCUGGAUCCUGCAAAUGCUGGUGAAUAUAAUUUGUCCUAUAUAUGUAGCUGGAAAAUGGAGCAAAAGGAACAUCAUGCUGAAAAAGGAUUUGGGAUUCUGUUCUGCGAAUCAUGCUGACACAAUAAUCACUGUAUCGCUCUAUUCAGUGGUGUUAUUAUUUCCUGAUGUUGCAGGUUUGACCCUCAUGGUCUGCACCAGCAUCUCCAUGCUUCUCAUUCUGUACAGGCACAGGCAGCAUGUCCAAUACAUCCAUAUGACUAAAGUCUCCAAAUCUUCCACCGAGUCCAGAGCUACGCAAAGGAUCCUGGUCCUUGUGAAUACCUUUGUGUCAUCCUACAUCCUCUCCUCCAUUUUCCAAGUCUAUAUUUCUAAUUCCUAUCAACCUAACUGGCUAUUGGUGAGCAUAGGUGCAUUUAUGUCUCUGUGUUUCCCGGCUUUCUGCCCCUUUGUGCUGAUGAUACAUGUUCUGGUGUCCAGGCUCUGUGUCUGGGUAAGGAACACAAAGCCUCCUAAUCUUAAGAGAAUUGUUUGA